UCUGUGUUCUCACUCCGGUGGAGCGCUAUCAGCCAACCCUGCCAGCCAGAACAAUGUGUACCAGCCUGACCACUUGUGAAUGGAAGAAAGUCUUCUAUGAGAAGAUGGAGGUGGCAAAGCCGGCUGACAGCUGGGAACUCAUCAUAGACCCCAACCUCAAGCCCAAUGAACUAGGCCCUGGCUGGAAGCAGUAUCUGGAACAGCAUGCCUCAGGCAGAUUCCACUGUUCCUGGUGCUGGCAUAGUUGGCAGUCAGCCCACAUGGUCAUCCUCUUCCAUAUGCACUUGGACCGUACCAAGCGCAUGGGCUCGGUACGCAUGCGUGUCUUCAAGCAGCUGUGCUACGAGUGUGGGACGGCGCGGCUGGAUGAGUCGAGCAUGUUGGAGGAGAAUAUCGAGGGCCUGGUGGACAACCUCAUCACCAACCUGCGCGAACAGUGCUAUGAAGAGGAUGGCGGUCAGUACCGCAUCAAUGUAGCCAGCCGCCGGGACAACGGGGAGCACCGCAGCGAGUUCUGUGAAGCCUGCCAGGCCGGCAUCGUACACUGGAAGCCCAGCGAGAAGCUGUCGGAGGAGGAGGCGGCCUCCUACACCUCCAAGCAGAGUUCCCUAAUGGGCUUUGGUUACAACUUCUUCUCACUUCGCUGGUGUUUCUUUUGGGCCUUGCUCUGUGUGCUCAUUGUCUACCUGCAGUUCUCCUUCCGUAGCUCUGCCUUUCUUUAG